UGAAAUUUUUUGAUAUUGACGUGUUAGUGGUACGCCAGCCAACCUCCAGCUCCAAGUUAUUCCUUUGCAGUGUAAUUCAAUAAAGUUGUUUGGUGAGGCGUCUUAACGUAUUGCUUGCUUUAACUUAUGAUCAUCAUACGAAAUGGAUAAACUUGUGCAAGUCAACUUAGGACGACAAGUUCUUCUGGCAUUGAGAGAACAGAUUUUGGUAUAGUUUGGUGAAAGAAAGAUUUACAAGGCCAAGUUUUCAGCAGUUCAAGUCUUUUUAAGUGUGAGAAUACUAAAUGGGUUUUCGGUUUUUCAACAUUACAAAUUAACUGAAAACAAAGAGCUUCUUUGAAGAUUUCUUGAGAAAUGGGUCCAAGAAUUCUUGUAUUUCUGGUUGUUGCUUUAAGUCAAGUAUGUACCAUACCAGCAAUGACUGAUGAGGCUGACUUUACUGCAUUGAAAGCUCUCAAGGAUAUCUGGAAAAAUGUACCACCUACUUGGGUGGGCGCUGAUCCCUGCGGAAGUCGGUGGGAAGGCAUUUUGUGCGCCAACUCACGUGUGACUUCCAUAACAUUGGCAAGCAUGGGAUUGAAAGGUUCACUAUCUGGAGAUAUCCAAUCCUUGUCAGAAUUGCAGAUUCUGGAUUUAUCCUACAACAAGGGCCUGAGCGGCCCUCUUCCUUCGGCAAUUGGGGAGUUGAAGAAGCUAACAAACUUAAUACUGGUUGGUUGUAGUUUCUGGGGUCCGAUCCCUGAUUCAAUAGGAUCUUUGCCACUACUUGCCUCUCUAUCUCUGAAUUCGAAUGGCUUCACUGGAUCUAUUCCCUCUUCAAUUGGGAAUCUAACUAGCCUUUAUUGGCUAGAUCUUGCUGAUAACAGGCUUACUGGGACCAUCCCUGUCUCCACAGCGACUACACCUGGUCUUGACCUGCUAGUUCAUACAAAACACUUUCAUCUUGGAUUGAAUCAGCUCUCAGGCACAAUCCCUCCUAAGCUUUUUAGCUCAGAGAUGAAACUCAUACAUGUACUUUUUGAAAGCAACAAGCUGACAGGCAGCAUUCCUUCCACCCUUGGCCUUGUGAAGACUUUGGAGGUUGUGCGCCUUGAUAAUAACUCAUUCAGAGGAUCUGUCCCGUCAAACAUCAAUGGUCUUACCAUUGUCAGUACGAUGUUUUUAUCCAACAAUGAUUUAACUGGGCCACUUCCCAACCUUACUGGCAUGAAUGUUCUCACUUAUUUGGACAUGAGCAACAAUAGUUUCGAGGGUACAGAAUUUCCUCCAUGGCUUUCAACCUUGCAGUCUUUGACAACAUUGGUGAUGGAAACAACACAACUUCAAGGACAGAUUCCUGCUGACUUCUUCAGCCUUUCUCAUUUACAGACUGUGGAUGCAAGAAAUAACAAGCUCAAUGGCUCAUUGGAUAUUGGAACAGGCCACGGAAACCAACUAGCAUUGAUUGAUUUGCGAAAAAAUCAAAUUUCUGCCUACACUAACAGACUGGGAGGAGAAGGAGUGAGUGUAAGACUUGCAGACAACCCAAUAUGUCAGGGAACAGCUGUGAAAAAAAGUUACUGCACCGUCUCCCAACCCAAUUCUUCCUACGCGACGCCUCCAAAUAACUGUGUGCCUGCAUCCUGCUUUGCUAAACAGCAUUCCAGUCCCAACUGUAAAUGUGCAUUUCCAUACACAGGACUUCUAGUGUUCAGAGCUCCUUCAUUCUCAGACCUUGGAAACAUCACUUACUUCAGUGUUCUCGAAAAAUCUUUGAUGAAUUCAUUCAAGUCCCAUCAAUUUCCUGUGGAUUCAGUUCAUCUAAGUCAACCAAGAAAAGAUCUAUCUCAGUACCUUGAUUUGAAUCUGCAAGUGUUUCCAUUUGGCCAAGAUCGUUUCAAUAGAACAGCAAUUUUAAGUAUUGGUUUUAUGCUAAGCAACCAGACUUUCAAGCCUCCAGCGCAGUUCGGACCUUUCUUUUUUAUUGGUGAUACGUAUCUGCAUUUCACAGGAGAAGUCAGAGGAUCAAAAAAGUCAUCUAGCACAGGUGCUAUCAUCGGAGCUGCGGCUGGUGGCUCUGUCCUUCUGUUGCUAUUGCUUGGUGCUGGGCUUUAUGCUUUUGGUCAAAAAAUGAAAGCAGAAAAAGCAAUUCAACAAAACAAUCCUUUUGCACACUGGGAAUCAAACAAUGGUGUUGGAGGUGUUCCUCAGUUACAAGGAGCCAGAUGCUUCUCUUUUGAAGAGAUCAAAAAAUACACCAACAACUUCUCAGAAACCAAUGACAUUGGUUCUGGGGAGUAUGGAAAGGUUUAUAGAGGAGUUCUUCCUACUGGAGAACUAAUUACCAUCAAACGAGCUCUGCGAGAAUGGAUGCAGCCUGGGCUGGAAUUCAAGACUGAGAUUGAACUUUUAUCCAGAGUCCACCACAGAAACGUUGUAAGCCUUGUAGGCUUUUGCCUUGAAAGAGGUGAACAAAUGCUCAUAUACAAGUUUGUGUCAAAUGGAAGUCUCAUGGAAAGCCUAUCAGCAGGGAAGACAGGAAUCAGGCUUGAUUGGGUGAGGAGACUCAAAGUGGCCCUUGGUGCAGCAAGAGGCUUGGCCUAUCUGCAUGAACUUGCCAACCCUCCCAUUAUCCACAGGGACAUAAAAUCAACCAACAUAUUAUUAGAUGAAAGCUUAAAUGCAAAAGUUGCCGAUUUUGGCCUCUCCAAGCUUAUGGGAGACAGUGAAAAGGGUCGUGUUACCACUCAGGGUUAUUUGGAUCCAGAAUACUACAUGACCCAGCAGCUAACAGAGAAGAGUGAUGUUUAUAGCUUUGGAGUUGUAAUGCUGGAACUAUUAACCGGAAGAAGGCCAAUAGAACGAGGAAAGUACGUUGUGAGAGAGGUCAAGAUGGCAUUGGAUAGAACAAAAGAUUUAUAUAACCUCCACGAACUUCUUGACCCAAGCAUUGGUUUGGACACAACAUUAAAAGGUUUAGAUAAGUUUGUGGAUGUUGCCCUAAAAUGUGUACAAGAGAAUGGAAGGGACAGGCCAACAAUGGGUGAGGUGGUGAAAGAGAUAGAGAAUAUCUUACAGCUUGCUGGUCUGAACCCCAACGCGGAUUCAGCAUCGACAUCGGCGAGUUAUGACGAUGUAAGCAAGGGAAGUGCUAAACAUCCAUACAUGCAUAGCAAGGAUUCCUUUGAAUACAGUGAGGGCUUUCCAGAUCCGAAGGUAGAGCCACUGUGAGCUCAGUUUAUUAUAUAUGGGCUCGGUAUAUGGUUGAAUGUUACUUGCUCGAGUAUGAGUUGCAUUUUUAUUUAUUUAUUUUUUGUGUUGUUUGUACUUCGUAGCUUAUGUUGAAUCAGAACUGUAAAUGCGUUGAAUUCUUUGCUUUUGAACAUUUAGUAAGCACUAUAAGAGUUGCAUAUGAUUUCUGAUCAGAGAAUAUUGUUGCUGUAAAAUUCUCACUUUGAGCGGGUCGCUUGCAUGCUCGUAUCCGAACAGCUCAGACGCAAACGAUUGUUUUAAAGAAAAAUAUAUUACGAAAA